AUGGCCCCAUCCCAGUACCUCUGGGACGAAAACGACGCGAAGAGGGCGCCGAAACAGAUCCUGCGAGCAGUGAACGAAUGGAUCAUCAACAUGGGACCUACGGAGCCUUUUAACCCCCACUAUGACGAGGCCAUCUACUCGGCGCCCGCGAACCAUCGUAACCUCAACCCGCAUCUCAAAGUCACCCGCCAAGGCGACCCACCAGAGCUCCCUCUCGAAGGCCUAGACCACUUCACGGUUGGCCCUUUCCCCCGCACCUACAUCCCCCCAUGGCGCCACACAGGGAACCUUGAGAAAGGCCUGACGUCUCUCAUCACGAACAAAGGCCCGUCCCUCCUCAUCCUAAUCCCGCACGGAUCGGGUCGCGUGAUGGUCGCGAAAGGCAAGCAGCUCGCGGAGAAAUUCCAGAAGAUCCUACGCGCGAUCCGCUUCAAGAGCUACGAUGGCAAGGGCGUCAUGGUCACAGUCCAACCCCCCGUCCCCGCUAAAGGAGGCACGACCGACCUAGAAGAAGCGGUGAAGAACCCACACGCCCAGCCCUGGGGAUUCAUAGUCGACCUUACCGCAGACCACAAAGGGAUCCUACGCGAAUUCCUUCUAUACCAGGAGGUCUUCGGCUACACCCCGAAGCGCAGCUUCUCGAUUUACCCGGCCACAUCCGACGACCCCUUCGCGCAAUCCUGGAAGCUACUGGUCAUCUCGGGAGUCGGACUACAGGGCACGGGCCUCACCCACAAACUCGUCAUCGAGCAGCGACGCGAGCUCCUCGCCCUCGUCAAGAACCGCCUGCGGACCUACCAACCGUACCGCUCCCUGAUCGACACCCUCGCGGCAGUAAACCUCAACUACGGUGGCUCGUCCGACACUAUCUUUGACACCGUCGCCGCGACUUUCCACCUCGAACCAACGACGGUGCAACAUGCGGACGACGGCCCGAUCCCCGGCUUCAUAUGGAUGGCCCGCCCCCUCACCAACGACCGCAAAGAGCUCACGCAGCUCCGCGACUACAUGUUGAUGGGCAUCUGCGGACACGUCAAAAACGCAACGAUUUUCGCGUGCAACACAGUGGUCUCGUUCACCGACGACACUAAGCGGGGACCCAUCCGAGUUGACUGCAAGCUGUGCAAGUCAGACAUCCACCGAACUGCGGACUGCCCAAUCCCGACCGCGCGCGGAUGGCGGGGAGCGAAGCUCGCGAACCUUGGACUAGAAGAAGACGCCCCUCCGGAAGGUGACUCUGACGACUCAGAAGCCGACGACCACGCCAUGGAUGCGGUUUACGCAAGCCUCCAAGGAGGUACGCGUGGCACGACGGCACGCGGAGGGCGUGGCGGCGGAGGAAACCGCGGACGAGGAUCCGGGAGAGGCCGCGGACGAGGAGGUCGCGGACAAGGUGGAAGAGGCCGCGGUAGAUACGCUUAA